UCGUUCUCGACAGCGACAACGAUGAGAGGUCUCAGUUCCUUCUUGAGCCUUCCCAGUGCACUCUCUGCACUCGUCGCCGUUCUCGCGCUGCAGGCAGCCGCAGCACCCGUCGCUGCCAACACCAUCCUCACCCCCGCAAACUUCAAGGACACCAUAGCUAAUGGCGUUUGGUUCGUCGAGCACUUUUCACCAUACUGCCCUCACUGCCGACAUUUUGCUCCGACAUGGGAUACACUCGUACAACACUAUGCUUCUGAACUGGAUCCGGGCGUGAGCCUCGCCCAAGUCGACUGUUCUCUCAACGGAGAUCUCUGCGCGGACAACGGUAUCAAGGGCUACCCGCAGCUGAACCUCUACAAGGAUGGCCAAUUCGUCAAGACGUACAGGAAAGACCGCGAGCUCAACCUCCUCGUCGAGUUUCUCGACGGCUAUGCUGAGCAGACCGGCUCGCCCGACGAGCUCGCCAUCGUUAUACCGCCCACCGACACCCCCGCUGCAGACACAGCAGCUGUGCCCGAGUCUGACCCUGUGCCCGCAUCAAGCGCCGCCGCCGAGGCCGACGGGGCUGUGGCGCCGACGUCGACGCUGCCCCCCGCUGUCCGCGUGCAGACCCCCCAGGGACGCUCAAACGCGAACCCAAAGGGCGAGGUCGUCGCGCUCACGCCGGCGACGUUCGAUGCGUUUCGCGCGCAGGGCCCGAUGUUCGUCAAGUUCUAUGCGCCGUGGUGCGGGCACUGCAAGAAGCUCGCGCCGACGUGGGUGCAGCUGGCGCGGCACGAGCAGGGCGUGAUGAAUGUGGCGGAGGUGAACUGCGAGGAGAAUAAGGCGCUGUGUGCGAGGGAGAAGGUGGAGAUGUUUCCGGUGAUUAAGUUUUAUGCGGGCGGGGUGGUUACGGAUUAUGCGGGCGGGAGGGGGUAUCAGCAGCUUGUGGCGUUUGCGGAUAAGGCGGGCAAGCCGAGUAUGGUGCCGGUGAGCGCGGAAGAGCUUGCGGCGCAUGUUGCGGAGGAGCCGGUGGUGUAUUUGUUCUUGCAUAAAGGGACGGAUCAGGAUGCGUUGGACACCGUCGCGCAGGAGUCACAGUCCCUUUUCGGCAACCCGCGCGUGUUCACAUCGACGGACGCCUCGCUCUUCGCGCACUACGGGCUCCCCCCCGCGGCGCCCUGGGCGCUCGUCGCCUUUGCGGACGGCGACGCCGCGCCCGUCGCGACGUUUGCGCCGUCGUACGGCUCGUCGUCGACACAGACAGCGGGCGUGGCGGCGUGGCUGCAGGCGCAUAGGCUGCCGAGCGCGCUCGAGCUGAGCAAGGACACGUUUGCGGGUGUGAUGCGGGCGCCGCAGAAGCCGCUGGUGGUGCUUGCUGCGGUGCCUGCGGGGCAGGAGGAGGAGGUGAGGCAGAGGGUGGUGGAGCUGGGGAAGAAGUGGCGCGCGAAGCGCAAGUAUGCCGGCGGUGAUGGCGAGGUGGAGGGGCAGGGGCAGAGGGAUGUGGUGUUUGCGUGGAUGAAGUUUGAGGAGGGGGAGAAGUGGCUGAAGGGGAUGUAUGGGCUGAAGCCUGGGGCCGAGGCUGGGGUGGUUAUCACGGAUCAUAGUAAAAUGCUGUACUACGACGUGGACAUGUCGGGUGACAAGCUUGCGUUGCAGUCUGCGGUGCUCUUCCCCGUCAUCGACGCCGUAAUGGAGGGCGCGCUCCCGCCGAAGCACUCGGAGAACCGGAUCGAGCGGUUCAUACGCUUCCUGAACGACCAGAUGAUCGCGCUCGAGUUCGCGGUCGUGCACCAUCCGUACUGGACGGCGCUUUUUGGUCUCGGCUUUGUCGUGUUCCUGGUGUCGAUGCUGCGCCGGCUGUUUAACGAGGAUCUUGGCCAUCCGCGUGACUAUCACAGGCUCGGGAAAGAGGGGCGGCUCGAUUGAGCUGCGUGCCGUGCAGUGCUGGUGCUGGUGCGAGGACGUGCUAGUGCUACGUGCCGUCGUAGUGAGCAUGUCGUCUUGCUUACCGAGUGUGAGCCUAUGCCGCGUCCGAGCGCGAUUGUCUUCUGUCAAUGGGUCUAUGGGAUGGACAUCUCUUCUCUUUCUGUUCGUUACUCAAAAGCUUAGCUUAGCAGUAGUACUAUGGAAUACGCUAUCGUGUAAUUUAUUAGACC